UGGAGUUUCCCUGUAGCCUUUUAAAAGGAGCCACUGAACCAGAGCAACAGUAGAAAGCUAGAACACUCUCGAUAAGGUUUCUAAAAGCUCAGUUUGACUUAAAGAGUUGUGCAAAAAUGGAAGAUGAAUGCAAAGUGCGGCUAGAAGCAACAGUGGAACCAACAGCAAGGGAACAAGUGAAGCCGUGGUUGAAGCUCACCACGGCACUGGUGGUGUUCACACUCUGCCUUGCAUCUGCUGCCGCCGCUGUCCUCCUCUCCGACAGGCAAUCCAAGGGCCCAGGACAAGACGAAAACACUUUUGAUCUCCGCCAUACAUUGAGGCAAAUUCCCAACAUGAAAGCAGCCAUUCAUUUAGUUGGAAAAUACAACUCUGAGAGACAGAACUCAAUUGAAUGGAAGGACGAAGGUGACCAGACCCAUUCUCAAGGAGGGCUGAAACUCAAAGACAAUGAAAUUGAGAUUCCUCGACGUGGCCUCUACUUCGUCUACAGCCAAGCCUCUUUCCACGUCAACUGCAUCAGCAGCGGUGCUGAAAAAGGCCUCUCACAGCCCCUGGUUCACCUGAGUCACAUCGUGCAGCACUGGUCAAAAAGUUUUGAUCAAGCCGACGAAGAUUCUUACCAUACCAUCCUGCACUCUCUCCGCACUGCCUGCCAGAUGAAACCCAGCAGUGAUUCAGGUGACAAGGGGAGUUGGUACUCCACUGUGAACGUGGGGGCUGUGUUCAACCUCCGUACAGGGGACCGACUUAAGACGGUGACGGAAGAGAAGAUGUUGCCCAACCUGGAGGAAGGCGAAGGGGACACUUUCUUCGGGGUGUUUGAAUUGUGAGGUGUGUAGCCUGAGGGCAGCUGGUGAACACAUGAAUGUAUGUGAGAGCCACUGGUCUUGAUGGGGGCUCCACUGCGAGGCUGAGCCCACUGCCUCACCUCAACCCAAGUCCACUGUUGAAUGUUGGAAGGUCUACACUGCACUAAACAGACUCUUAGUAUAGACUUUACUUCAGAACUGUUAACAAGUCCUUUGUCAGGGAACCAAGCUGUGUUAACUGUAGAAGUACACACAACAGCUGACUGUAAUGUAUCACCAUAGAUACUUCUAUGGGGCUAUGAUGUUAUGUACUAUGUAUCUGCCUUAGUGCCAGUACCUUUUGCUGUACUGCAUUGCUCUGUUGCGUAUUUAUUGUGUCACUUCAGGCUGACAGAAGAAUAUUUGAACUGUAUUUAUUUAACAUAAAAAUAUUUAUUAAUGUAUUAUUAUGAUUGUACUAUUUUAUUUAAGUAUUUAUUUAUUUGCUAUUAUAAUUUCACUAUUUUAUUGAAGUAUUUAUUUAUUUGUUUAUGUGCAUGCCGUAUUUUAUACAUCAUUUAUUGUAUUAUUUAUUGAAAAAGUUUUUUGUCAAUAACAUUUAUUGCCAU